CGUCGCACAAGCAUCUCCUCCAACAGCUUGCAGUACGUUACACUACUAGGGAAUCAGGUGAAGAUUUGCUUUGGCUACCUUUAGACUGAGUUCCAGCACUUGCGCUGACCACGCAUGCUGACCACUCGCCGAACUUUACACCACUUAUCCUAGGGACGCUUUGCGAUACGUAACGUUCUAUGCUCACGUCUCCGAGGUUUUCGACGCCGCUUUCUACGGAAUGGCCUAAGCUGAUUGUCCGAGCGCAUCGAUCAACAUCAAACGUGGGCUUGAAGCAUGCGCCUGGGCACACAAGAAGCACAAUAAAGCCCUGGCGACCCACCCUAGAUGAUGUGGACAGCAUUUCCCGAGGCGGCGCCGCGAAAGUGCGUGGAACAGGCAGUCGCAACAUUCCCCAUCGACUGAACGCUGAGGAGCGCACCUUGUAUGACCUCGCUAAGAAGAAGGGCUUCCUGGCGGUGCGCGGCACGGGCUACCGGCGCUUCCGUCACGGCAACCCGCUGCCCAACAUCUUCCGGCAGUGGUGUGAUGCCCGGGCGCAGGUGUGUGUGGUGGUGGAGCAGGAGCGGGCGGGCGGCAGCGGGGGCGGCAGCGGGGGCGGCAGCGGAGGGAGGGACCGGGCGGUGGUGGACCUGGCACCGCUGCGGCGGGAGGACACGCGACAGCUCGAAGCCCUGGUAAUGGCACUGGCGGCGGAGGUCGGUGUACGACACGUGCCGUACUCGGAACGCCCAGCGGACGCAGUGCCCUUCAACUUCCUGCCGCUUUCAUUGUUGGAGGAGGAGGGCAGUGAGGAGAAGAUCUUGUUCCCGGAAGGUGAGGAGGCGCAGGAGCAGGCGCAGCAGCAGCGGCGGCACCUUGCGGAGCAAGAGGAGGGAGGUUGUAAGGUUGAAGAUCUGCCCAGUCCGUGCAAGCUUGUAAGCUGUGCUGAAGCAGGCGGCGGUGAAGAGCCAAGCAGAGGCAGCAGCGGUGCUGCCAGUACUACUGCUGCCAACAGCAGCACGACAGCUGCUGUCACGGCAGGUACUGUCGUACAUUGGACAGCGCCACCCACCGGCGCUUCAACUGCCGAGUCGCUGAUGAUAACGGCAGCAACUGGUGCGCCAUCAUGUUCUCCCGGAGCAGAAGCAGAAGGACAUGAGCGCGCGGUGUCAACAGCAGCACGAACAACGCAGCAGGCCCAAAUGCUUGUUACACAGAUUACGCAGCCUUCCGUCAGCGGUUACAAAACCACCAUGUCAACCGCAACACUAACGGUAUCAACUACUCCUACUGCUACAGCAACUGCUGGAACGUUCACUCCAGCAACCUCGAUUGCUACGACAGCCGCUCCUGCUGCUGCUGCUGCUGCUGCUCCGGCGGCGGCGGCGGCUGAGGAGCCUCGACGUUCCCCGCUGUCGCAUUACUGCUCGCAGCCCAUUUGGCGCAUUCAUCCGAUACCUGUGUUCUUUGAGGGCGAUAGGGCGGCAGUCAAGCGGUUUGCUGGAGAGGUGGUCAGACGCAUGGCGGCGGCGGUGGAGGCGGCGGAAGAAGGGGCGACGACGGGGGCUUUAACGCGGACGGCGGAGGUUAGGGAGGCGGUGGAGUAGCCGAUGCGUGCGUGCCUUGUUGCAUGACGUGGCGCUGUGACGCUGCUGUGGGUUGCGGGGAGGCCCGAGGGGGGGAGAGUUCCUAUAUGCGGGUAGUUACAAAAGCGAAAUGCGAUGAAGACGAAAUUUGGAAAAAGCGUACCGGUAGUGAGACGUACAGACAUUUUGUUUCGGACUCGGACGUAGGAAUGGAGGUAGGCGUGUGUAGGGUUAGCGUCGUACGCUUAAUUGCAAUGCCGUACCGCUGCCCCAGAUCCUUAGGAGAAGGAGUGUGGGAGGGCCACCAGUAGCUGGCGCAAGCUCCCCACUUCGAUCGCUGCCGCAUAGAUGUUUUGAAGCACAGCGUGGCUAUGGAAGGAAUAAGGCACACACGCUGCCUUGGAUGCCCAUGUGUUUUGUGCACGGGCCAUUGGUGGACGAGGAGUGGCAACAUAGGUUUGGAGCAACGUGUUUCUUAAAU